AGUGCCUGUAAGUAAAAUUCUUCUUACCUAAAGUGCAGCGGGAAACAGGCGAGUAGGUAGUUUGUAGCAAGGCUAAGAUUAUUUGUUCAAGAUUGUUUGGCCCACACUACUGCUUUUGUGCUUUUUCAGAUUCUCAGAAUGUAUAGAAAAAUUACUGGAACAGAUGUUUAACAGAACUAGGAGAGACUCGGAAGAGCUCCGGCGAGCAGUGUCCGAUGGCAGUUGGCACCCGUCAGCCCACGUGACUGGUGGAUUCUCAAAUGUAUCGUGUAUGCUUUUAUCACAGGUUCACUUUGUGAUAUAAUUAUCGUCACGAGCCUCUGAAGAAGUAAGGUAUGGAUUUCAUUUUUGUAUGGAUUGUGGCAUUUGUCGUCGGAUUUUGGAUAUUUAAAAAAAUAAACCAAUGGAAGGAGCUGCCACCGGGCCCAUGGGGUCUUCCAAUUGUUGGCUACCUCCCUUACCUCGACAGACAUCACCCGCAUUUGACUCUAACUGAGCUAUCAAAGCAGUACGGUUCAAUAUACAGUAUACGAAUGGGAAGCAUUUAUACGGUGGUACUGUCUGAUCACCGGUUAAUUCGAGAGGCCUUCUCCAAGGAUGUCUUCUCUGGACGCGCGCCAUUAUAUUUGACGCAUGGAAUCAUGAAAGGCAACGGAAUCAUUUGUGCUGAGGGAGCUUUGUGGAAAGAUCAACGUAAACUGGUGACGUCAUGGCUUAAAAGCUUCGGAAUGAGCAAACACGGCGUGGUUCGUGAGAAAUUGGCGAAACGUAUUUCAAGCGGAGUCCACGAAUUGAUUCAAAAUGUCAAAGAAGCUCGUGGGUCACCGAUACCUCUACCUAAUAUGAUUUCCAACUCGCUGGGUAAUGUCAUCAAUGAUAUAAUUUUUGGAUUUAAAUUUCCACUUGAUGAUAAAACGUGGAAAUGGUUCAGACAGAUACAAGAGGAGGGUUGCCAUGAAAUGGGUGUAGCGGGUGUUGUUAACUUUCUACCCUUUAUACGAUUCAUAUCAACAUCAACACAAAAAACAAUACAACUGCUAGUUCGCGGACAAGCUCAAACGCAUAGACUGUAUGCGAGUAUUAUAGCAACACGACGAAAGAUGUUGGGUUUGAAAAUUCCUUCAGAAGCUCAAUUCGCAGAACAUGCAAAUAUAUUUAAUGAGCAUCCCGAAGGUUUCAUUAAAUGUAUUAAAUAUAGUAAACAUGCAUCGAAUACUGAAGUGCAUUAUUUUGACCCUGAAGUACUGAUACCAUCGAAAGAUGAAUGUAUCAUGGACAGCUUUCUAGCCGAACAAAAGAGGCGGUACGAAAAUGGAGAAGAAAACGCGUAUUUUAUGAGAGACGAGCAGAUGCAUUAUCUUUUGGCAGACAUGUUUGGAGCAGGUCUAGAUACUACGGCUGUUACUUUUUCGUGGGUCUUAUUAUACAUGGCCCUGUAUUCUGAAGUACAAGAAAAAGUGCGAGAAGAAAUUUUAACAGUGUACCCUGAGGAAUGUGAAGUCGAUAGUUCAAAAUUGCCUUAUCUUAUGGCAGUAAUCUGUGAGACUCAGCGAAUAAGAUCUAUUGUACCAGUAGGCAUACCCCAUGGAUGUUUACAAGACACUUACUUGGGAAAUUACCGAAUACCCAAAGGAACAAUGGUAUUACCAUUGCAGUGGGCAAUUCACAUGGAUCCAGAUGUUUGGGAAGAUCCUGAAAGUUUUAAUCCAAAUCGAUUUAUUGAUGAUUACGGAGAAUUGUUAAAGCCCCAAGAGUUUAUACCGUUUCAAACUGGUAAAAGAAUGUGCCCCGGAGAUGAGCUUUCGCGUAUGUUAACAGUAGGUCUCAUAGUCCGUCUCCUGCGUGCUUUUAGAAUUAGUUUGUCAUCGGAUACUCCAACGGCUGAACAAAUGAAAGGAGAAGUUGGGCUUGUCUUGACGCCGCCAGAAGUUCUAUACAUUUGUGAGCCCACGUGUUAGAGUAAAGUAUCUAUAGACAGUAACCGUAUUCAUUUCAAUAAGAAACACAAAACGGGUUUGAGCAUUUUUUAGAAAAUGAAGUAUGAUUUACUUUAAAUAAUUUAAAAUCUAUGAGAGAUGGAAUUCUGGUUCAUAGGAGAGAGGAUUGUACUCAUUAAUGGGCGAUAGUUUAAAUUCAAUAAUGUAUUUUUCGUUAUUAAAAAUGUUUUCUU